AUCUGUGGCAACACUUUUAAAGCCACCUUAUUUAUAGCCUCGUAGAGAAGUCUGGCACCUUGUUUUCCUCAUCCCUCAUCAUUACUGCUGCACCUUGGGUCGCCCCAGCAAACAAAAAGCGCAGCGGGAUGCAGGCGAUGCUGGGGGACCCACUCCAUCCCGGGUCCCCAUCGCUGGGGUUGUGCCGUGUGGACUCAAGAAGGAUGUGGCCAUCUGGGCUGGAGGCGUGUUGGGACUGAUUGAAAAUAGCUCCUGCUGGUACAGAGCAUUCCCCCCGCUGCAGGCUGUCGGUGAAGCCAUGUGUUGUGCCGUUCGGGUGCACCCCAGGUGGGAUGUGGAAGCUUUGGGCACUUCCCAGAGCUGCCUGCGGAUGGGACACGGUGGUGUCAGGCUCAGUGAUGCUGAUGGACCCCUUCCAGUGUGGGGUAUUGAUUGAUUCUGUGGGGUUGUGUGGGUUUAGCAUGGGGCCAGCAGUGGUGUAUUUAACUGUGUCACCAAAUUGCAGUCCAGCGGGGUGGCCGGGAUGUUUAGGGAUCAGCCAUCCCACAGCCAGCAGGCAUCAGCCCCAUUUCUCUGCUUUGGGUGGAGUUUGGGGCUGGAGACGGAUGCGUCUGCUGUGUCCCCAAAGGUGAUGGCACCAAAGCUCUCAGCCCCCAACAUGCUGUGAACCCAUCAAGGUUCCCCAUCCCUGCAGCGCAUCCUCAGAGCCUCGAUCCCCAAAUCACACCUGGUGCUUUUAGCAGCUGAGCAUUCGGGGCUUUUCCUCCCCUUUUGCUUCCUGGCCUCUCCCCCAGUCAUUGAGAUGCAUGUGGCCCUGUGAGUGCAAACCCCACAUGCGGUGUUGCUGUUGCCUUCGCCCGAUUUGCAGUGCAUGGAGCAGGGCAGCCCUACAGCAGACGCUGGGAGGGCAGCGUGGGGCUGCAGCAGUGCUGACACUUAAAAAUAAUAAAUGGGUCUUUAGUGGCUGCUGGUUCUGCCCAGCCCCAGCCACUGGGCCGCUGCUUUCCCCGCCCCUGCGCUGCCCCCAGCCAUAAAUACACCUUCCAGUUGCUGUCCUAAAUUAGGAAAAGCGCCGACAAACCCUUCUCCACCCACAUUCUUCCUUGGCGAGCUCUGCAGCCGCACACGGCUUCACCAGGAGCAGUGCUGGGAGCCGGGAGGCUCUGGGGUUGCAGGAAGGGCUGAACCCGGGUGGGAAUGGAUCCGUAGGGCUGCAUCCCCAGCUGCUCUCUCUGUCCUGGAGCUGCACGCGGGGUUUUGGAGCUGUGUGUGGCUCUGCUGCCUCUGUCCCCCCCCGUUAGGUUCCCUGGGGAUGUCCCUGCAUGGGACGGGGCUGCUGGGGGUCCUGCUGUAGCCCCCCCAGGGCUCCUUUUUCUCUGCUGCUGGGAAUGAAGAGGAGGAGGAGCUCUCCUUACGCUCGCGGCUGCUGUUCUGUGUGCACCGCAGAGCUCUCCCAGUGCCGUGCAGCUGUUUGGUGCUAUGAAUGGGGAUCUGCAGCAGCAGCACAGGGAUGGGCUUCACGCUCUUGCCCCUGCUCCCUCUGUCCUGUGGGAUCCCAACUAUGCUUUGGGUGUGCUGUGCAAUGGAGUGUGCACCGGAGAGUGUGAUCGCUGGGGCUGGGCAAGGCAGCAAACCCCAUCUCAGCUGGCACCCACCUGCUUUGGUGUUCCCCCCCCUAAGAGGAGUUUGGAAUGGGUGAGGAUGGGCUGCCGGUGCCACCCUGUUCACCCAUCCCUCUGUGCCCAUUCCUGCUGUGCUUGGGCUGUUUCCUGGCUUAGCAGCUGGUGUUGUGAGUUGUGAAGCAAGAGCCUUCUCCAAGGGUGUCUGGGCUGCAGCUGCAGAACCGGGGCACCUGUUGGGUCCUAUUGGGUCCUGUUGGGUCCUAUUGGGUCCUGUUGGGACCUGCUGGAUACCUGUGGUACCUGCUGAGUCCUGCUAGUUGUGGGUCCUGCCGGCUCUGCAUCUCUCCCUCCUGGGCGCUGUGUUCCCACCAGGUCUUGGCUUUGAUGCAUCAUCUUUUCCCCCUUUUCCUUCGCUCCCCAGGUUGCAAAAUCAAAGCCCUGCGCGCCAAGACAAACACAUACAUCAAGACGCCGGUGAGGGGCGAGGAACCCAUCUUCAUCGUCACCGGGAGGAAGGAGGAUGUGGAAAUGGCCAAGAGGGAGAUCCUCUCAGCUGCUGAGCACUUCUCCAUGAUCCGAGCGACACGCAACAAAGUGAAUGGGCUGACGGGUGCCCUGCAGGGUCCCCCCAACCUGCCGGGCCAGACCACCAUCCAGGUGAGAGUCCCAUACCGCGUGGUGGGGCUGGUGGUGGGCCCCAAGGGAGCCACCAUCAAGCGCAUCCAGCAGCAGACACACACCUACAUCGUGACACCCAGCCGUGACAAGGAGCCCGUCUUUGAGGUGACGGGAAUGCCUGAGAACGUGGACCGGGCCCGCGAGGAGAUCGAGGCCCACAUCACCAUGCGGACGGGUUCCUUCGUCGACGUCAACGCCGAAAACGACUUCCACACCAACGGCACCGACGUCUGCUUGGACCUGCAGGGUGGUUCUGCUGGUCUGUGGGCCAAAGCUCCGCACCCGGCCCGCCGGCCCGCGGCCGCGCUGCGCAACGACAGCCUCAGCUCCCUGGGCAGUGCCUCCACCGAGUCCUUCUACAGCGGGCGGGUGGCAGAUAACAGCCCCACCAGCCCCUACAGCACUGGCGGUGGAUUCACCUUCAGCGAUGCGCCGGCCCCGCUGGGCUCGGAGGAAUGUGACUUCGGCUUCGACUUCUUGGCCUUGGACCUGACGACGCCGAGUGCCGCCGCCGCCAUCUGGUCGCCUUUCGAGCGUGCUGCCAACCCCCUGCAAGCCUUCGGCGGCUCGCAGAGACGCAACAGCGGCACGGCCACACCGCGCCAUUCACCCACUUUGCCCGAGAGCACCGGAGGGGCCUUGGAGCACCCCUUGGCGCGCCGCAUCCAGAGCAACCCCGUCAGCACCUUGUCCUGGCUGCCCACCCAGGGCUCGCUCUCCUCCUUCUCCACCAGCACGGGUUACUCCUCCUCCUCAUCGCUGCCCGGCAGCGUCUCGGCCGCCUCGGGUUCACCCACCGACUCCAGCAGCUCCGACGGGCAUCGCAAGAGCUCUCGUGAGUGCAUGGUGUGCUUUGAGAGCGAGGUGAUCGCCGCCCUGGUGCCCUGCGGCCACAACCUCUUCUGCAUGGAGUGUGCCAUGCGCAUCUGUGGCAAGGCCGAGCCCGAGUGCCCUGCGUGCCACACACCGGCCACCCAAGCCAUCCACAUCUUCUCCUAGCCGGGGCCAGCUUGACGCGGCGAGCAGCCCCACUCCCCUCCCCUCCAACACAACUUUUUAAGGACUUGAAGCGGUUGGGGUCAACGCAGCCGUUGAGGUCAACGCAACCAUUGGCAUCAAGGCAACCGUUGGGGUCAACGCAGCCAUCGGCGUCAACGCAACCGUUGGCAUCAAGGCAACCGUUGGGGUCAACGUAGCCGUUGAGGUCAACGCAGCCAUCGGGGUCAAUGCAGCCAUUGGCAUCAAGGCGACCGUUGGGGUCAACGCAACCGUUGGCAUCAACGCGACCGUCGGCGUCAACCCUUUUUAUUUAAAGGAUCGGACUGGGGGUGCAGGGGUGGGGAUGGAGAUGCUAUUUUUCUCCCGCUGGAUGGAAGCCGGAGGGCAGGAUCGCGGGGAG